AAAAACUAAGGAUGAUAAAAAGAGCUUUUAAUAAAUCAAAUGGAAUAACUGACUGUGGACUCAUCAAGGUUUGAAGCUAGUUACAAUAACGAAUUCUUCAAAAUAUCGAUAUUUUACUGUCGAUAUACAUCGGUUUCUCAAACAAAAUAAAUAUCAUUACAACCCUAGACGUGCUACCGGCUAGCGACGACUCAAACUCAACCAAAAUUCUUCGCCACUAUACAAAAGAAUACUACAAUUAGACUUAAUUUAUAAUACUUCACAUAAACUUAUUGAUAUGAAUUCAGUAAAACGUAAGGAUACAAUGGAAAAUAGCCAAACAGCGAAACGAAUAAAAAAGGAAUGUAGUUACGGAGACGGUUGUUAUAGACGGAAUCCUGCACAUUUUAGAGAAUUUAGCCAUACCCACUUAGAAGACAUAUUGGACAAUUAUGACGGUGAAGGAACUUUCCCAAUUCCUGAAAAGUAUAAUCUUCAAAAGCAAAUGUUCAGAGAGCAGUUACAAGUCAUCAUUGAAAAGAAACUUUACGAGCCUAAAGUUAAAGUUGGAAGUAGCAGUGAAACUAGUAUUUGUACAGAAUCAACAAUCGAGCAUACCGCCCAAUCUAAUACUGAAGAUACAUCUAUGAAGAGUAAAAAUACAGCGAGCUUUACAAAUAUGAUCGACAAAGAUAACAAUCCUAUGAGUGGUUCAGAAAGUUCGAGAAUUACAAUAUUGUCUCAAGAAUGUUCUAGAAGUGGUAAUGAUGGCACAUCUAAUGAUGAAUCGCAAGUUAAAGAGAGGGAUAAAAAUAAAUUACCGACAACUAGUACAGAUGAUUAUGUGAAUAGACCUAAAGACUCGGAAUAUCGACCAAUAGUACAACCAAAGAGAAGGGCGGAAGAGUACUUGAAAGUGGUCCUCCCACGAGGCAAGAUGGCCGCCAAGCACUUAGCCAGCGCCCCCUAUCACAUAUUCUAUACAACCAUCGCGGAUGCGAGAGAGACCCACGAUCAGCCUUACAGUAUCACAUUUUUAGAAAUCCUAGACCACAGUCUCGGGGAGCUAAAGUGCUCUCUACAAAUCAACUUUAUGGUCGAGAUCGGUUGGUUACUCGCACAGUACUAUUUCGCCGGAUACAGCGAGAAGAGGCUUACUAUACUCUAUGGCGAGGACAUGGAGGAUCUGAGGACCAUAAACAAGAAGAAGCCUCACGUGCACGCGCACCACGUGUCUAUGCCCACGCCUUUUGGGAAACAUCAUACUAAAAUGAUGAUCCUUUGCUACGAGGACGGAUCGCUGCGGGUCGUCGUUUCAACGGCCAAUCUGUACGUAGACGACUGGGAGAACAGAACGCAAGGUCUAUGGUUCAGUCCAACGUGCCGGGAACUCCCCUCAGACGCGAUGCCUCACGAGGGGGAAUCCCCCACUAUGUUCAAGCGUUCCUUAUUACGCUACUUGAACCAUUACCGCUUGCCGUCGCUGUCUUUCUACAUGGAGCGUGUGAAGAGAUGCGAUUUCAGUCAUAUCAAUGUGUUUCUAAUACCAUCAGUGCCGGGUUCUCACUUCGACAUGGAAUAUGGAAUGACUCGAGUGGGCUCGUUGUUGAGGCAGCACUGCUGUAUUCCAACUGCUGAGAACAAGCAGUGGCCUUUAUUGGCGCAGGCCAGUAGUAUAGGCAGCUUCGGGAAAGAGCCUAAGUUGUGGCUGACUGGAGACUUCUUACAUCAUUUCACGAAGAUAAAGAGCCCACCGCAAGUUCUGUCACAACCGCCGCAAUUGAAACUCAUAUACCCAUCGUUAGAAAACGUGAGGCAAUCGCACGAUAAUUUGCUCGGUGGAGGCUGCCUCCCCUACGCGGCCGAUGCUCACACCAAGCAACUGUGGCUCAAUGACUUCCUAUACCAAUGGAAAGCCACCUUAACGAACCGGAAUAAAGCAAUGCCCCACAUAAAGACUUACACCCGGGUAUCCCCGGACCACACCCGGGCCGGGUAUUACCUGCUCACAUCCGGUAAUGUGAGUAAAGCUGCGUGGGGACAGAUCAACAAGAAGGACCAAGCGCUGAGGGUCAUGAGCUAUGAGGCCGGGGUUCUGUUCCUGCCACAAUUUGUGAUCGAAGAAGACUUCUUUCCGCUAGCGGAAGGCGCGAAGAACCGUUUAGUGUUGCCAUACGACCUACCUCCUACUAAAUAUACGAGCGACAUGUCGCCUUGGGUCUCUGACUAUUUACGAUAGCUUGAAUUAAAAAAAAAAACGAGCGAGCCUUACAGUAGUCACGUAUGAUGUGUAACAUUUGAUACCUCACCUUAUGUUAGUAAAAAAAGAAAUAAAACCUACUACAAAAUAGACAUGGGCGUUUUUGGUUUUGAACGCAAACGGAUAUUUAUCGGAUUUCAGAUUUCAAAAUCGAUUUUAAAAUCCGUUUUUAUAUAUCCGAUUUCAGAUGUGCCGAACUUAGCCAAUUCACUAGUUUGUGUUAUGAUUUGGUUUUAUUAGCUAACGACAAUCACAAACAAUUAAUUGUAGGAAGCAAGGAUACUCGUAGAUUUUCGCGAUUUUCCUUCAUGCUUUAAAUCUAGGCUUAGGACUAGCAGAAAAGUUAUGUUUAGGGUUAAGAGUAAAACUUUUGCGGCGCAUUUAAAAAUCGGCUUUUAUGAUUCAAUGAUAUUUUUUUAGUAUUUUUUUUUGUUUUUCUGUUUGUUUUUAUUAUUUUUCAAACCAUUUACAAAAUCAAACCUAAUUACUUCAGGUUAGCGUCCAAAAAUGUAAGAUGCUCGACUUUUGAUGUUUUUAGACGACAUAUCUUUUCAGUGAUAAAUAAUCCCGCCUCAGAGAAGAGCAAUAGAUUUCCGUAAACAGCAAAUCGAAAUCGGACUUCCGAGCACGAAAUCUGACUUUUGAAAACGAAAGCAUGAAUUUCGAAUCCGAUUUACAUUUGGAUACUUAUGGUAUUAGAUCGCUAGCGUUUUGGUUCGGUUAGAUUUCUGAAAUCGGAUUUUCUUGUUGAGAAAUCGUUCGGUAUCGAUUUGUGUUUGAAAUCGGAUUUUGGAUUCGUUUUGAUAUAUCGGACGCAUGCCUACUACAAAACGAAUAAGUCAUUUGAACAUUAUGUUCUAAAAUCAAAUCAAAUAGCGCGCGCUUUCGCGACUUCCUUUUACACACUUCUGUCCCAUUUCACGAAAUCGCUCCCACAAAUUGCAGGAAAGCGAGAGGAAAGAUGUUACACAUCAAAAGAAAACAUUUAAAAUAUCACAAAUAUUAUACCUGAUCAGCAGAAAAACGUAUUUUAUGCUUGAAAGAAAGAGAGAAUUAGCAAGAGAGAUUAAGAGAGAAAAUGAUUUUAUGGACAAAUAAACACAAACACAUGAACAUGAAAAAAUAUAUAUUUAAAUGUAUUCUAUGCAUGUAUGUUGAGUUUUUUUUUUAAAUAAAUAUUUAUGUAAUAAGGUAUUUGACAAGUUUUAGAAAACGAUCUCACGUUAUUGACUCAUGUUUAUGGAGUCCGUAAAAAUUGGAUAUUCAUCAUUCUGUUGUGUAUUUCAGUAAAAAUAACCAAAUCAAAAACCCCAUUUUCAAGUUGCCGCGUAAUCGUUUCUCUGGACAAUAUGGCGUCUUACUAGUCUGUGACGUCACGCGACUGUUAUUAAAACGUCAAACGAUACAAUGUAAUGUCACUUUAACCGGAAGUUUACUUGCGUGUGACGUCAUUUUAGGCUCCGCCAAUCCCAAGCGUUUUGGUUCACGUGACAAUAGAUUAGAAAACUAUUAUCUUUUUCGUUAGUUUUUAGUAAAAUUAUGAAAAUUUUUAUUGUAAAAAUCGUAAAAUCCCCUGCCAAUAUUCAUUCUAAACACAGAUGUUAACAAUUGGCACUUUAUUUUUAAUACUGUCAAAUACACUAUUUGUUUUUAUCGGUGAAUGAUUAAAGUAAAUCACUUUUUUUUAUUAUAGCCGCAUUCGUGGAUUUCUUUAUGCCUAAAGGGUGACUGGCAGAUAAUGCUUUUAUCGUUAAGUCCGCCUUUUUUCUAUUUUUGUAAUUGUGGCAAUAAAGUUUAAAUAAAUAAUAAAAAGAUAGAUAAACAGAACAAUGGUGUCGAUUCUGGCAUGAUUCUCUAAACUUAAAACUAAAUUGAACAUCAGUCUCGCAUUUUCAUUCUGUACAGAGAAUUACAAGGACACACUGUUGUAAAAUUAUUAUUAAUAAUAUUUUUUUUUCCAAUAACUUGUUACAUCAUGAACACAUUAAUUAAUUAAAUUCUACAAAAUUUCAAACAAUCGUAGAUACACACGUUAAGCCGUUUAUUCCGGCUGUGUCUGCAGUCGUUAGCACCCACCAAUCCGCACUAGGCCCGCGUGGUGGGUCACGGCCUUAUCUCCCAUAUUCCAUUCAUACGGUAGUCCUGUGCCCCAGUAAUGGGGACAUUGAUAGGCUGACGAAGAUGAUGGUAUAAGAUACUGUUACAAAUUGUGAUUGAUAAAAUUGUGAUCAAGCUGUUUUUAUAAAUUAAAUAAAUGUUUUAUGUUUCUGAAA